AUGGCAUAUAUUCCUCCAACAUAACCCCACUAAUGUUUCAUGAUAUGAAGUGAGAUCAUACAACAUUACAACAACUAAGUGUUAUAAAAAGAACUAUACAUUAUCUUUGAUAUAUUGAAUGCAAAUCCAAAUAGGAUCAAAAUAUGAAGAAUCGAAGUAUGCAUUUUGUUCUAUCAACUGAUUCAAAACCAAGACUCAAAUGGACUCAUGAUCUUCACCAAAGAUUCAUUGAUGCAAUCAAUCAACUUGGAGGUGCAGAUAAAGCAACACCAAAGAGUAUAAUGAGGGUGAUGGAAAUUCCAGGACUUACUUUGUACCAUCUCAAGAGCCAUUUACAGAAAUAUCGACAUGGGAAAAGCCAACAGCUAGAAACCUGUUCUGACAACAAACAACAAGAUUACACAGAAACCAAGAGUAAUGAUGAUCAUUGUAGCAGAGAAAUCAGUCUUGGGGACCAAAGUCAAAUCACUGAAAACUUGGAGAUAGCUCAAGCUCUAGAAAUGCAAAUGGAAGUAGAGAAGAAACUUUAUGAACAAAUUGAGGUGCAGAAACAUUUGCAGCGUCGAAUCGAAGCUCAAGGAAAGUAUUUACAAUCGGUACUAACGAAGGCACAAGAAGCACUUUGUGGACACAAUUCUUCUCCAAUUGGUAUAAGACUCACAAAAGAUGAACUCUCUCAAUUGGUCACCAUGGUCAACAAUGCAUGUCCAAGUUCACCAAUCUCAGAACUAACAGAAACAAGAGAAAUAAGCUUAAACUGUGGUAAGAGGAAACAGAAUAAUGAAACUAUGUGUUCACUAGAAAGUUCUUUGACAUCUUCUGAAAGCUCGGAAAGAAAAGAAGAGAAAUCAGUGUCGCGUCUGAUGUCUGUGUCUGUGGAUCGUAUUGAUGAUUCGUCUGAUGAAGCUAAUGGGAAAAAGAGAAAUGCUGAAACUAAAUUUGAUAGUGGCUAUGUUGAGGAAUCUUCAUACAGGAAAAGAUGUGGCAACAAGUUGAAGAAAGCUAUGUCAGAAGAAAUGUUUGACUUGAAUAGUCAAUGUCAGAAUGAUAUGGAAUCAACAAGCUCAAAAACAUUACUAUUAGACUUAAAUUGCAGUUUAAACUUUUGUGAACCAUGAAGAUGGUUUAUAACUUUUAGUCUACAUUACAUGAAAGUAUGCAGCAAAUUAUCA